GUGGCCACUGCUCUCGCGGGCCGAGGACAUGGCGAGAAGGCCGCAGCCGGGCCCUCACCGCCCGCUUGCCAAGCCUCAGCCCCCGGCGGGGUCUCCGGUGCCCACCCGCCCGCCCGGCGGCCGGCGAGAGAAAGAGAGAACGAAGCAAGCGAGAGACGGGCGCGGUACGCGGAGAGGCGGGCAACGGCCAGGUGCUGGAGGCGCGGGAGGUCGGGGGUCGCGGGCUGGGUCGGGGACGGGGUCGGCCGCGCCCACCCCGCGCCCCGCCGCGCUCCCGCCCGCGCUGACAGCUCCCGAACAGACUUCUGCGGGCCGAACUGCCCCAAACAGGGAAGUGCGCGGGGCGAACCACCGCACGCCACGGCGGGGAGAGACGCGGUCAGCCACGCGGCCCGGAGUCGACCCGAUUGCACCCACCCCCACCUACACACCGGGAAACAAAGUGCAAUCCCAAAACAGAGAUGCCUGCAACAACAGCUGUUCAAGAAUCCUGGCCUAAUCCAUUCUCCACAUG